AUGUUAUAUAUAUAAAAACAUAAUUUUACAAAUAUAAUACUAAAAUUGCCGAAUGAGAAUCCAUUUAUAAUAGGAAUAGGAUACCCUUUGAACUAUUUGGAUUGCCAAGACAAAUUCUAUAAAUAUUUAUAAUUACACAAAUUCAAAAAGGUACCUAUCUUUUAAAGGGUGGAACAAUUUACGUACACUUAACCGAUUAAUAAAUUACCCUUGUGCUUUGAUACAAAUAUGUUACCUUACUUUAAACAAUUAAAUGAUACCUUAUACAAAAAGAAUAGAUAUAAAUUAGGAAAUUACGAUUACAGAUGUGAACUGAAUGAGGAGAUUAUAAAUUCUUUUUGCCAAGAGUUUUACAAUGAGAUUCAUAGUCAUAUGAUUUACAAUUUUACAACAUUGAUUUAGUAGCUGAAACAAAGAUUUAACUAUGAAAUUAAAGAGGUUGUGGUAAAUAAAAAGCCAGAUGAACAUAUAAAAAAGUUGUUUAACGAUCAUUUAAAUUUAAAUAUGGUUUUGAUGGCUGAGAUGCCUUCAUUUUAGCAAUUAGUAUACACUCCAGGGUUUAUAUAUUUUGAACAAUGAC